AUGACUGGUCAGAAUGGCCUCUCUUCAUCUGUUGUGGAGACCGUAGCAGGAUUCACAGCAGGUAUAGCUUCGACAAUUUCCCUCCAUCCACUAGACUUGGUCAAGAUCAGACUCCAAGUUGAUCGAUCUCAUUCCUCACGUCUCGGCAGCUCGUUACGUAUUAUCCGUCAAAUCGCGCGUCAUGAGGGUGGCCUCGCGGCGUUUUACAGAGGAUUGGGUCCGAAUCUGGUCGGAAACUCGACUGGUUGGGGCCUAUAUUUCCUGUGCUACGGCAGCUUGAAGGAUAUUGUUGGUAGAUACCGAGCACGAGAUGGAGAUGGGGGGUCAGGCCCACUGACAUCUUCGGACUACUUUCUGACAUCGGGAACUGCAGGGAUUAUCACUUCGGUCCUCACAAACCCAAUAUGGGUAAUCAAAACCCGAAUGUUAUCCACCGGCUCCCAGGCCCCGGGCGCAUAUACUUCACUCUCAUCCGGGGUAAAGCAGAUCUAUGCAACCGAGGGCAUAAAGGGGUUUUAUCGCGGUCUCGUACCGGCUCUUUUCGGUGUUAGUCACGGUGCUCUUCAAUUUAUGGCAUAUGAACGACUUAAAAUUCUUCGAUCGAAUUCAAUGCGCCUGGAUGAUCCCGUGGAAAAGGGGAUGAGUGACAGUGACGAGGCGAAGCCGGGCCUUGCGCGACUUGGAAAUAUUGAUUUCUUCGUGCUCUCUGGUUUGUCCAAGGUCUUUGCUGGUUGUGUCACGUAUCCGUAUCAAGUUGUCAGAUCCCGGUUACAAACAUAUGAGGCUCAUUUAUUGUACCGUGGGACGACGGAUGCUAUGAAGCAGAUUUGGGCGAAGGAGGGAUUCGCGGGCUUCUAUAAGGGGCUCGGUCCGAAUUUGUUUCGUGUGUUGCCGAGUACAUGGGUUACUUUCUUAGUUUAUGAAAAUAUGAAAAUAUUCUUAAGUUGA